UUAAAAACAAUGUCUUCAAAAUUUUGGGCAGAAUUAUCUAGCGAUUAUGAAAAACUUUUUGAAACAGAAAUUGGAUAUGACGUUAUUAUUUAUGCUGGUGAAGAGCAAUAUGUUAAAGAAAUUCAUGCUCAUUCUAAUAUUUUAUCUAUUAGGUCUCAAUAUUUUCGCUCUGCAUUUUCUAAUGAAUGGGCUGAAAAGAAAGAUGGAAAAUUUAUUUUCAAAAAACCAAAUAUUUCUCCACAAUUAUUUAAUAUUAUUCUUAGGUUUUUUUAUUGUGGAAAUAUUGAAUUAAAGAAUUUACAAGGUUCUGACAUAUUGAAAUUGUUAAUAGCAGUUGAUGAACUUAAUCUUCAUCCUUUAGUAUCUCAUAUUCAAGAAUUUUUGAUUAAACAUCAAACUGAAUUUUUAUAUCAAAAUCCAACUGAAAUUCUUGAAACUGUUUAUCAAUAUGAAACAUUUACAGAUUUAUGGAAUUUCUGUCUUGAAAAUAUCUGUAAAGAACCUCAAGUUUUAUUUAAUUCUGAUAGAUUUAUUUAUUUAAAAGCUCCUUUAUUAGAAUCGUUAUUAAAAAGGGAUGAUUUAAAUAUGGAAGAAAUUGAAAUUUGGGAGAAUUUGUUAAAAUGGUGUUUUACUCAACAAAAUAUAAAGAAUGAACCAUCAAAAUGGAAUAAAGAAGAUAUUACAAAGAUCGAGAAGGCAUUACAAAGAUUUAUCCCUUUAAUUCGAUUUUACGAUAUUGAUCCCAUAGAUUUCUUUUAUAAAGUAUAUUGUUAUAAAGAUAUCUUACCACAGGAAUUAAUUCAUGAUCUUUUAGAAUUUCAUAUUGUUCCUAAUAUAAAACCUAAAUCCAAUUUUACACCUUCAAGAAAAACUAAUUUUAAAUCAACUUUAAUUGAACCAAACAAUGUUUCUAUUUUAGCUUCAUGGAUUGACAAAAAAAGUUCUUCAUGUUAUAAUAGAAAAAAUAUUCCUUAUAAAUUUGAAUUAUUAUAUCGCUUAAGUCAGGAUGGAAAUGAUGUUAAAGAUUUUCAUAAAAAUUGUGAUAAUAAAGGAGCUACUAUUUGGGUAGCAAAAAUUAAAAAUUCAUUACAAUUAAUUGGAGGAUACAAUCCCCUUGAUUGGGAUGUAAGUUGGGCAUGGAAAACUACAGCAGAUAGUUUUUUAUUUAAUUUUCCAAAUGGAAAAAAUACUUAUGCUGCAAGAGUAAGUUAUGUUAAUUCUUCACAACUUGCAGUUUUUUGUGGCGAUAGUCAUGGUCCAACUAUGGGUAAUUUAACCUGUUAUAAUAAUAAUUGGUGUUAUAAUAAUUACGAUAGUGGAAAUCGCUAUUCUAAAAUAGGAAUCCCAACAAAUUUCGAAGUAGAAGAUUAUGAAGUAUUUAAAGUAAUUAAAAAAUAGUAAU